AUGAAGGCCGCUUUCGUCCCCCUCGUCCUGGCAACCGUCGCCGCCGCCAACCCCAUCAAGAUCGUCGAAGAGAUCACUCAGUCCAUUGGAUGGUACAAGAAGGGAAGUGAUGACAAGAAUCACAAGGGCAGCUGGGGCGCGUCGGGUCCUUUCUCCUUCACCUCGACCUACGAUGUGAUCGCCACCCCCGACCAGGUUGUCGAUAACAACAACACCUUCACCGGUGGCUUGCCCGGGGCCGUCGGCUACUACAGCUACGGCAUCAACUCCAGGGACAAUGUCAUCUGCUACAACAUCACUCUGUUCGGCUUCCAGGGCGAGUACCAGUCCCCCGCCCUGACUGCCACCCACAUCCACCAGGCACAGAAGGGUCGCGCUGGACCUCCUCGCAUCGCAUUUCCCAACCCGGCACCUGUUGAGGGUAGCCAGAACGUCCGCCGCAGCAUCGGCUGCCUGAGCGGGCCCUUCCGCACUGGCGUCAACGCCUCCGGUGUUGACACCGGCGCGGGCUUUGCUGUCAGCCAGAUUGAGGAGAACCCCUCCGACUUCUUCACCGACGUCCACUCCAGCCUGGCCGUCCCUGGUGCCGUUCGUGGCCAGCUGAGUGAUGGUGCCCACCAGGAGGAUUGCCCCGACAACAAGAACUAG